CCUUGUUCGAGCGAGUGGUGGAGGCACAGACGCAGCUGCACAAUUACAAGAACCUUGUCGCCUUCUCGCUCUUCACUGGGCUCUACCUCCUCAUGCUCUGCCUUCAGGCUCAGUCCUUCCAGAGCUACCAGGUCGCCUCAGCCCACUCCAUCCUGCUCCCCCCCGACUACUCAGGGGAUUCGAGCUACUCCUUUGCCAGCAGCAGCGACUUCUACACCUGGCUCAACAACAGCAUAAUUCAG